AUGUGGUCGAUGGCAAUUUUAUUAGAACGGAAGCCUGCUUCUCAAAUGGCUAAUGGUUCGUUAUUAGAUAGAGUCACACCCGAUAUGGCCCAUUUGGUUAAUCCCUAUUGGAGCCGUUUUCCUCCCAUGGACACUAAGAUGAAUCAGAUUUUGGGCAUUUUUACUUUCAUCAUCUUUGUUAUAUCUGUUUGUGGCAAUGGCGUGGUAGUCUAUAUAUUUGGUGGUACCAAAUCCCUAAGAACUCCGGCCAAUUUGUUGGUUCUGAAUUUAGCCUUCUCCGAUUUCUGCAUGAUGGCCUCUCAGUCGCCGGCAAUGAUUAUUAAUUUCUAUUAUGAGACCUGGAUUUUGGGUCCAUUAUGGUGUGACAUUUAUGCUAUAUGUGGCUCGAUGUUUGGUUGUGUAUCUAUAUGGUCCAUGUGUAUGAUUGCAUUGGACCGUUAUAAUGUGAUUGUUAAGGGCGUAUCCGGCAGACCCAUGACUGUUAAGUUGGCAAUUGUGAAAAUUGUUACCAUUUGGACGUUUGCUUCAUUUUGGACAGUGAUGCCGUUGUUGGGUUGGAAUAGAUACGUCCCCGAAGGCAAUCUAACUGGCUGUAGCAUUGAUACCAUGACCAGAGAAUGGAAUCCGCGUUCAUAUUUGAUUUGUUACUCCCUUCUAGUUUACUAUACUCCACUGUUUUUGAUCUGCUACUCCUACUGGUUCAUAAUUGCAGCAGUGGCUGCUCAUGAAAAGGCCAUGCGCGAACAGGCCAAGAAAAUGAAUGUCAAAUCUCUAAGAUCUUCAGAAGAUUGUGAUAAAAGUGCUGAAGCAAAAUUAGCUAAAGUGGCUUUGACCACCAUAUCAUUGUGGUUUAUUGCAUGGACACCAUACUUAAUUAUAUGCUAUUUUGGUCUAUUCAAAAUUGACGGCUUAACACCGACCGCCACAAUAUGGGGAGCUACAUUCGCAAAAACAAGUGCGGUCUUCAAUCCGAUUGUUUAUGGCAUAAGCCACCCCAAAUAUCGUCUUGUUCUGAAGGAAAAAUGUCCAAUGUGUGUUAUUGGCUCGACCGAGGAACCCAAACCGGAUAAUACUGAAAGUGUCGGCACUUCACAAGCUGAAUCUUCAGCUUAA